UCGGACCACAUUCUGUGUAACGCAGCGGUUCACCGCUCGGGAAGUGACAAGAAAUUGCUCGUUGUUUACAUUUUUCUCAGGCGUGUUUUUUGUAUUUCAGUGACAGAGAUGGACGACCAAGGGUGUCCGAGGUGCAAAACAACCAAAUACAGGAACCCAUCGCUGAAGCUGAUGGUGAACGUGUGCGGUCACACGCUAUGUGAGAACUGCGUGGAGAUGCUGUUUGUGCGCGGCUCGGGCAACUGCGUGCAGUGUGACACGCCCCUGAGGAAGAGCAACUUCCGCGUGCAGCUCUUCGAAGACCCCACCGUGGACAAGGAGGUGGAGAUCCGCAAGAAGGUGCUGAAGAUAUACAACAAGAGAGACUUUGACUUCCCUAGCCUGAGAGACUAUAAUGACUACCUGGAGCAAGUGGAGGAGAUAGUGUUCAACUUGACCAACAACAUCGAUGUGGAGAACACCAAGCAGAAGAUGGAGCAGUACCAGAGGGAGAACAGAGAUGUCAUCCAGAGGAAUAAAGCUAAGCUUACGCGAGAGCAGGAGGAGCUGGAGGAGCUGCUGUUGCUGGAGCAGCAGGGCAAUGAGCAGCGGAGGCUGGAAACGCUACAGGAAGAGCAGAGGCAGCUACAGGCCAAGAGGAAGAAUAAGCAGGCUUUACUGGACGAACUGGAGCGAUCUCAACUUCCUGCCUCCAUCUUGCUCGCUCAACACAAGGACCGUGCUGCUCAGCUGGAGACCCAAAUCGAGAAGCAGAAGCAGACGGUCAAACCUACCACUAUAUUUUCCACUGGCAUCCUCAUGGGUCAGACGGUGUCUCUCCAGCCCGUGGCCCGGAUAGUAGAAGAACUUUAUCAUUACAAGCCCCUUAAAAUCGAAACCUACGGACCACCAGUGCCGGAACUGGACCAGCUGAGCCGACUCGGGUAUCUGAACCACGUGCGGGCCUCCAUGCCCCAGGACACAGCUGGAGGAUACACCUCAGGGUUGGCGUGUCAUCGUGCCAUCCAGGACGCCUUUAGUGGACUGUUCCCUUCUUAAGAUGAAUCCAUCCAGAGCUUUACCAGCACAACAGCCUUUGGUUAGAAAUGUGAACUGCCAGAGCUGCACAUCCCACACUGCCCCACCGCGAAGAGAGGGCCAAACGUUUGUAUACUAGACACUACUGUGACUCAUAUUGGGCCACAGUGUACAUUGCUUUUUAUAUGUUGUGUUAAUUUUAUAUUUAAAUAAAUUACAAUUAACAUA